CUGUGGGAAAAUAGGGUUGGGCACGGGGAGGCGGGGACGCAUGCGUCGACCCGGCAAAGGGCUGUUAUGUCGCACUCUGCCGUCAGUUCGGUCAGUCGUCGUGACAACCUCGUUGAUACCGUUUCUAUUCCUCGCUUCGCUUCGUUUAUAUUAAAGAGAGAGAAAGAGAGAGAGAGAGAGGAAAAAAAAAAAAAGAAAGAGAAGAAGAAGAAAAAGAAGAAGAAGAAGAAGAAAAAGAAGAAGAAGAAGAAGAAGAAGAAAGAGAGAAAUAAAGAGAGACAGAAAUCGCCGCGAACUCGUCCUCGCGUUAUAUAUAGUUUUAUACGAGAAAAUCUUUGAAAAUCGAUAUCGAACCUCUCUCUCUCUCUCUCUCUCUCUCUCUCUCUCUCUCUCUCUCUCUCUCUCUUUCUCUCUCUCUCUUUCUAUCUCUCUCGCGCGCACGCACACGAGCUAGCCGGUAAUCAUCGACAAAACUAUGACGUGUCGUAGUGUUGCGAAGAAAGGAUGAAGGGAAGCUUACUUCGCAACGUUCACGAAUGGCGAGUGUAAUUUGUGGGUUUUCCUCGUUUUGUGAGAUCCGGACAGGUGUGUGCUUCGUAACCCUUGGCGAUACUUUAUUGAAGAACGAUUUGAGUUAGACUCUUAUCCCACGUUGAAUUCCUGUUAUAUUUCUUUGAUGUAACCUUCGACACUCGAAUCCUUUACUUAUUGGAUAGCAAAAACGGAAUGAGCUUGCGAUCAUCCCGAGGGUGCCCGAGGAGUUAAGCGUUUCUACGAGAAGGAAAAGGGAUGAAGUAUUGAGUGCUAACGAAGAACAAAAACCAAUGACAUGAGCUUGCAAAUUAGCCCACCUUGGCUUUAAUCGAACGCAUCCUCGCAGAUGCACAGACGAAACUCUUCGUCAUGGUGGAGGAGAACGCAGGGACGGGUGCUCGACUGGAUGGGGAGUUACAACGUGGAAGAGGAGAGAACGUAAUCUUACGUGGCGAAUCACGUGACGUUGUUCCUAGUACAUCGUCAUCGUCGACUACGGGAUUGAACAAUAACGGUGCCACGAGUAACAGCAAUCUGGCUAGCGGUGGUAUAAUAAACAGUAACAACAAUGGAUCAUCCCCGGCAUCCAGUGGUAUCGGUAAUCCGAAUCACUGUCAAGAGGUCAACGAAUCCCAAGCACAAGCGCAGGAAGAUGGUAAAAGGCUCAGUGCUAAUAGCAGCCCAGUUGAAAAGAGAAGUUCGGCAAGCGACAAAUCGGUCAGUCCGAUCGAUAAGAAAAAUAGUCCGAUCGAUAGGAAAGAAAGAUCUAGUCCCAUAGAUCGAAAGGGUAGUCCCGUAGAAACACGAAAUAGUUCGCCAUGUCGAAGUCCAAGCGAAAAAACUCGAAGGUCAUAUGCAUUGAAUCGCGAUAAAACACGGCUCGGUGAGUCCGGAAGGAAUUUAGAUUCACGAUCUAGAAGUGCCAGUCCGGAUAGAGGUUCAUCGAACAGAACAUCCUUCUUACAUCGUGGCUGCAGCGAUCUAUCGGGCAUCGAAAGGCUUAGAAUUUCUACUAAUCCUGAUUCAUUGAGAUCCCGAAGAUUUUGUAGAGUUACGACAGAUCCGGAGACCGACGUACGUAAGGACAUCGUUGAUAAUGACGUAAGACCGGAGGAAGACAAUGAACCACCCGAUCCAGCACCAGGAAGUAGACCAGCCUCGCCUGCAAAUUCUUUAGGUAUUUGCGACGAUAGCGUAGUCGGAGCAAGAUUAUCGAAUCUACAUGGUAGCGGAGGAAGUAGCGGAGGUUCCGUUGAAUUAGCUAGCGCGAGAAGGCUACGAUUGGAGAACGAACGAUUGGUCGCUGAGGUUGCGAGGUUAAGGAGGUUAUUACUUACCGGUGCAGCACGUGGCGAGGUUGGAGCCGAGGAUGCAGCAUUGGAGGAAGAGGCACGCUUUGUUGCCCUAGAAAUGGAAUUGCAACAUGCGAAGGAAGCCUUGCAUGCACUGAAAGCCGAUCGUAAACGAUUGAAGGCCGAAAAGUUCGAUCUGCUCAAUCAGAUGAAAGCAUUGUACGGUACCCUUGAAGAUAAGGAACGAGAGCUACGUGAUUUUAUACGUAAUUACGAACAGCGUAUGCGAGAGAACGAGGCUACGUUGGGUCGUUUUCAACAACAGGAAGGCGGUAUCUCCUCGGAGGAGCGCGAAAGAGAACGAGAAAGAGAACGUUGGAGCCUUUUAAGAGCAGCAAGAGACGAGGCGGAUAGAAGCUUAAGCCUUGCAGCAAGUCUCGCUGACAAAGAAGUUGCCCUAUCGCACGCACGUGCUACUAUAAAGGAGCUUCAACGUCAAUUAAUGGAAAGAGGCGGUGGCGGUGGCGGUGGCAGUGGCAGUGGCGGUGGUGGCGGUGUUGGCGGUGGUGGUGCCUGUUUGAGCGAUCAGGAAUCCUUGGUGUCCUUCCCACGUGGCACUGUAAAUGGCGUGGCAACUCCAAGUGCUGGAAGUAACAGUGGCGGUGGUGUUAGUGGUAUCAUCCCUCAUAUCAAUUCUCAGCCACCCUUAGGGACAAUGGAGUUGGGAAUGGCCAGUAAUAUGAGUGGUGGUGGUACAGGUGCAAUAUCCUCGGGUGGACAAGCCGGAGAUCGUGGUAGCUGUAGUGCCGAUAGUGGUGUUCGUGGAUCUAGCGAUAGAGAAAGUGGUGGUGCAACGAGCAUCGGUGGAAAUCUAUCGGACUCGACGACCGACGGAACACCGACAAUUACGAUCGAAGGAAGCGGUCCCGACAUGGACAACAUCUCUAUGGUAUCCUCCGUAGCACCUCCCCACAUGUAUCAGUCAGCGACGACACCAAAGGAUUGUAGUCCCACGCUGUCACCAUUGAAUGCAUUUUCAAGAUCUACAGACAACACUUCGUUAUCACGAUCGGUGGAACAAUUGUCGAGUCCUUUAGAACCAGAACCAAGAAGAAGCAAACAAGCGCCAACUGUAACAGCGCCUUCAACACAUUCACGCUCUUCCGCUACUCGAGGUGGUACAUGGGGUUCCAUAUCAAGGGUUUUCGCACGAUCACGAAAUCGAAAAAGUGCUAACACUUCUACCAGCGGAAGUGGCGCUAAUGAAUCAUCAGAGGGAUUCGAUCCUUAUAGAUCAUGGUCACCUCUUACCGAGGAAGGUUAUGCCGAGAAGCUUCGUUUGUUGAGGGAAGCAGCAUCGGUACCAAUGGAACGAUGGAGAGCACCAACUGUUUUAGCAUGGCUCGAAGUAGCUCUUGGUAUGCCACAGUAUGGUCCAAGAUGUGCAGAAAAUAUUAAAUCCGGCAAGGUACUUCUUGAACUGAGCGACGCCGAGUUGGAAGCUGGUUUAGGGGUGACUCAUCCUCUUCAUAGAAAAAAGUUGCGGUUAGCUAUCGAAGAACAUCGACAUCCUAAUCUGGUUAGAUAUCCAUGCAUAGCUCAGCUCGGUCACACUUGGGUUAGCUCCGAGUGGUUACCCGAUCUUGGAUUAGCACAAUACUCGGAAAGCUUUGCUACCAAUAUGGUCGACGCACGUAUGCUCGAUCAUUUGAAUAAAAAGGAAUUGGAAAAAUUACUUGGCGUAUCGAGGAAAUUUCAUCAAGCUAGUAUAGUACACGGGAUACAUUUAUUACGAAUGUUGAAUUAUGAUCGUCAGGCACUCGCCGUAAGAAGACAUCAAUGUGAUCAAGUUGAUACGGAUCCUUUGGUAUGGACCAAUCAAAGGUUCAUACGAUGGGCUAGAAACAUUGAUUUAACCGAAUACGCAGAAAAUUUAAAAGAUUCUGGGGUACACGGUGCGCUCGUUGUAUUGGAACCAUCCUUCACCGGUGAUACAAUGGCUACCGCUUUGGGUAUACCACCAGCGAAGCACAUGAUCAGACGACAUCUAACAGCCGAACUUGAAGCCCUCGUUUUACCUACAAGAAGUCAACUGGAGGUCGUCCCGAAGGGCAGCACUGUCAGAGGUCGUCAAAUGAGUACCAUGAGCGCUGGUGGUAGUCUAAAUCGUGGAAGCAGGGCUCUACAUCAGCACCAUCAGACCUCACUAUCGGCUCUACAUAUGACGGCAAAUCAUGUUGGAACUGUUGAUAGACGGAGAUCCAGUCUCAGGGGUUCCUUGAGCCGUGCAUUUGGUCUACGUCCGAGAAGCGAAAAGGCGUCGCCGUCCUCGUCGUCAGAUACAGGAAGUCUUGCCAGUCAAUGUCAAUACAUUAAUAGCGUACGAAGUAAUUCACCGGCACCUGAGAUCACCGUUGGAAAGAAACAUCGUCGUGUUAAAAGUAUCGGUGACAUCGAAUAUAUAACAAGCGUGGCGGUAAAUACGCCCGUCUGACAAGAGGAUAGGCUCCAUCAUUCGGGGCCUUAUAGAAGUUUAAGCGAACGCGGUUAUUCAUCGUCAUAUUCAUCGUCCCAGUGUAGCUCAUUCUCAGGUUACAGCAACGUAUUGGCGGACGAUCAAUAUCAGUGCGAGCAAUCAACCGGGAAUUAUUAUCAAUUACAAAGCAGCUCGUAUUCACCGCAAAGCUUGGGCCAACCAUUUCCCGGUGUACAAAGGUACGGGAGCCUGGCCGAAGAAACAUGGCAAUCAACCACGAAGGAGGAAACUAAUACGCAGAAGAAGAAAAAUCAACGAACUUAUCUGGUGGAACAGUAAAUUAUUCGUAAUUUUUCUUGUCUUUCUUUCUUACUUUUUUUUUCUCUCUCCUCUACUUUUACUUUCAUUUCUUUUUUUCUUCUUUUUUCUUUUUCUUUUUUCUUUUUUUCAAAUAAUCAUCCCUACGACCCUCGUAUCGUCGAUCGGCAAAACGAGAAAAAUAUUAUCGAGAGUGUCCUUCCUCCUUUCGAUCGAUCUCCCUUUUUUUAUCCUUUUUUUAUCUUCCUUUUUUCUCUCCUCCUCCUCCUCCUCCUCCUCCUCCUCCUUCUUCUUCUUC